UUUGCUGUUUUUUGCCCCAAAUCCCUUUUUUUUGCCCCAAUUCCCUUUUUUAUUUGCCCCAAAUCCUGUUUUUUUGCCCCAAAUCCCGUUUUUUCGCCCCAAAUCCCAUUUUUCACCCUGGCAGGUGCCGCGAUGCCACUGUGCCGGCGCGGCAGCCGAGGCCGAAGGCUGCGCGUUCCAUAAAUUGGUGCUGCGAUGCCGCUGUGCCGGCGCGGCGCGGCGGCCGAGGCCGAAGGCUGCGCGUUCCCGGCCGGCUCGGGGCUGAAGGUGCUGCUGCACUGGAGCGGCGACGAGGAACGGCAGCGGUGCCGCGUCUACGGCGGCGGCAGCCGCAGCGCCGAGGAGAUCUGCAUCGAGCUGGCCCGCGGCAUCGGAAUUACCCCGCUCUGCUACAGCCUCUUCGCCCUCUACGACCCCCAGAGCCGGCUCUGGCUCCCGCCCAACCACCAGUUCCACAUCGGGCAGGACACCAACGUCAACCUGAUCUUCAGGAUGAGGUUUUAUUUCCGGAAUUGGCACGGGAUGAACGACAAGGAGCCGGCGGUUUUCCGGAACGUUCCGCGGGCGGGGGAUUCUCCCGAGGAAAAACCUCCCGGAGGAGCUUUGCUGGACAGAUCCUCCUUCGAGUACCUGUUUGAGCAGGGAAAAUUCGAAUUCAUCAACGACGUCGCCUCCCUGAAGGAUUUCCAGAGCGAGACGGAAAUCCAGAAAUUCAAGAACGAGAGCUUGGGGAUGGCUGUGCUCCACCUCUCCCACAUUGCCCUAAAAAAGGGCAUUUCCCUGGAGGAAGUGGCCAGGAAAUACAGCUUCAAGGACUGCAUCCCGCGCUCCUUCCGCCGCCAGAUCCAGCAGAACAAUUUCCUGACCCGGUUCCGGAUGAAGAACGUCUUCCGCCGCUUCCUGCGGCGUUUCCAGCGGCACACGGUGGCCGCCGGCGGCCUGACGGAGCGGGACGUGAUGUACAAGUACCUGGCCACGCUGGAGCAGCUGGCUCCCCGCUUCGGCAGCGAGGUUUUCCCGGUGAUUUCCCUGGAAACGGCGGCCGAGGGCGAGACGGGGCCGCCCGGAGCCGCCGGGAGCUGCGCGGAGCCGGAGCCGCCGAGGGAUCGGCCGGUCACUCACCACGUCCUGGUCACCGGCACCGGCGGCAUCCAGUGGAGGCCGGUGGCCGGAGAGAGCACGGAAAGCUUCUCCCAGCGCGGAUAUUUUGGGAGAAAAAGCCGGAAAAAGGAGCCGGAGGCGGCUCCGGAGCGGAGCGAACCCCCCUGGCGCCGUUUCUGCGAUUUUCGGGAAAUCACCCACGUGGUGGUCAAGGAUGCCAGGAUCAGCAUCCACCGGCAGGACAACGAGUGCCUGGAGGUGCUGCUGCCCAGCCCCGGCAGCGCCCUGGCCCUGGUGUCGCUGGUGGACGGAUAUUUCCGGCUGACGGCCGACUCCAGCCAUUACCUGUGCCACGACGUGGCCCCGCCGCGGCUGCUGCUGAGCAUCCACAACGGCAUCCACGGGCCCAUGCAGGAGGAGUUUGUUUUUGCCAAGCUCCGCCGGGAAGAGCCGGAGGAAGGGCUCUACAUCCUCCGCUGGAGCGUCCUGGAUUUCAACCGCAUGAUCCUCUCCGUGCUCAAGAGGGGCCACCAGCAGGCUCCUGGGACGCCGGGAGCCUUCAAGUUCCGGCAAUUCCGCAUCCAGAAGAAGGGAGACUCCUUCGUGCUGGAGGGCUGGGAUCGGGAAUUCCCUUCCCUGCGGGAGCUCCUGGACGUGCUCAAGGGCUGCACCCUCAAAUCCGGCGAGGAGAACUUCACGGUGAAGAGGUGCUGCCCGCCCAAGCCCGGAGAGAUCUCGGACCUGCUGAUCACACGGAAGGAGAAGGAUAACGGGAAGCAGAUCCUGAACCUCACCCAGCUCAGCUUCCACCAGAUCCGCAAGAACGAGAUCACCCAGCGAGCCCACCUGGGCCAGGGCACCCGGACCAACAUCUACGAUGGGGUCCUGAGCGUCUGCGGGAAUUCCGGGAACAACAACGACGACGAGGCCGAGUAUUUUUCCACGGAGCAGAACAACAACGGGAGGGAGAUGCACGUGGUGCUCAAAGUCCUGGACCCCAGCCACAGGGACAUCGCCCUGGCGUUCUUCGAGAGCGCCAGCCUGAUGUCCCAGGUGUCCCACGUCCACCUGGCCUUCGUGCACGGCGUCUGCGUGCGCGGCUCCGAGAACAUCCUGGUGGAGGAGUUUGUGGAGCACGGGCCCCUGGACGUGCUGCUCCGCAGGGAGAAGGGCCGGGUCUCCGUGGGCUGGAAAAUCACCGUGGCCAAGCAGCUGGCCAGUGCCUUGAGCUACCUGGAGGACAAGAACCUGGUGCACGGGAAUGUGUGUGCCAAGAACAUCCUGCUGGCCAGGAAGGGGCUGGAGGAGGGAUCCCUGCCCUUCGUGAAGCUCAGCGACCCCGGGCUCAGCUUCGCCGUGCUCUCCCGGGAAGAGCGUGUGGACAGGAUUCCCUGGAUCGCCCCGGAAUGUGUGCGGGACGUGGGGAACCUCAGCCCGGCCUCGGACAAGUGGAGCUUUGGGACGACGCUGCUGGAAAUCUGCUUCGACGCCGAGGUGCCGCUGAGGGAGAGAACCCCCUCCGAGAAGGAGCGAUUCUACGAGAAGAGGCACCGGCUGCCGGAGCCGUCCUGCCGCGAAUUGGCCUCGCUGAUCUCCCGGUGCCUCAACUACACCGCGGUGGAGCGGCCGUCGUUCCGCACCGUGCUCAGGGAGCUGACCCGGCUGCAGCCGCACCACCUCGUGGACGUCACGUCGGUGAACCCCGACUGCCCGGUGUCCGAUCCCACCGUCUUCCAGAAGCGCUACCUGAAGAAAAUCCGGGAGCUGGGGGAGGGCCACUUUGGGAAGGUGAGCCUGUGCUGCUACGACCCCACCAACGAUGGCACCGGGGAGAUGGUGGCGGUGAAAUCCCUAAAAUCUGGGAGCAGCCCCCAACUCCUGAGCUCCUGGAAGAGGGAAAUCCAAAUCCUGAAGACCCUGUACCACGAGAACAUCGUCAAGUACAAGGGCUGCUGCAGCGAGCAGGGGGACAAGGUGGUGCAGCUGAUCAUGGAAUACGUCCCGCUGGGAAGCCUCCGGGAAUUCCUGCCCAAGCACCCCCUGAGCCUGUCCCACCUCCUGCUCUUUGCCCAGCAGAUCUGCGAGGGCAUGGCCUACCUGCACUCCCUGCACUACAUCCACCGGGACCUGGCCGCCCGGAACGUGCUGCUGGAGAACGAACACGUGGUGAAAAUUGGAGAUUUUGGGCUGGCCAAGGCCGUCCCCGAGGGCCACGAGUAUUACCGGGUGCGGGAGGACGGCGACAGCCCCGUUUUCUGGUACGCCCCAGAGUGCCUCAAGGAAUGUAAAUUUUAUUAUGCCUCGGAUGUUUGGUCUUUUGGGGUGACCCUCUACGAGCUCCUGACCCGCUGCGACCCCGGGAGCAGCCCCCCAGCCAAGUUCCUGGAGAUGAUCGGGGCCACGCAGGGGCAGAUGACGGUGCUGAGGCUGAUCGAGCUCCUGGAGAGGGGAAAGAGGCUCCCCAUGCCCAGGGAUUGUCCCUGUGAGGUGUUCCGGGUGCUGCAGCUGUGCUGGGAGGCCGAGGCCUCGUUCCGCCCGGCCUUCCCCAACCUCGUCCCCGUCCUGCGCCGCUUCCGGGAGAAAUACCGGGCCCAGGCGGCCUCGGUCUUCAGCCUCUGCUGAGGGAAUUCCCAAAAAUCCGUGGAAUCGGGGGGGAAACGGCCCAAAAAAUCCAUGGAAUGGACGGGGGAAACGGCCCAAAAAAUCCAUGGAAUGGACGGGGGAAACGGCCCAAAAAAUCCAUGGAAUGGCGGGCAAAAAAUCCCAUGGGAUGGGGGAAAACACCCCAAAAAAUCAAUGGAAUGGAGGGGAAAAAAAUCCCAUAUAAUGGGGGGGAAACACCCCCAAAAAUCCGUGGAAUAGACUGGGGAAACGGCCCAAGAAAUCCAUGGAAUGGACCAGGGAAAUGGCCCAAAAAAUCCAUGGAUUUGGGGGGGAAACGGCCCAAAAAGUCCAUGGAAUGGAGGGAGAAAAAAUCCCAUAUAAUGGGCGGGGAACACCCCCAAAAUUCCAUGGAAUUAGGCGGGAAACAUCCCAAAAAAAUCCAUGGAAUGGCGGGCAAAAAGUCCCAUGGAACUGGGGGAGAAACAUCCCAAAAAAAUCCAUGGAAUCGGGGAGGAAAUCCCCCAAAAAUCCAUGGAAUGGACAGGGGAAAAAUCCCAAAAAUAUCCAUGGAAUUGGGGGGAAAUCCCAAAAAGAUCCAUGGAAUAUAGGGGGAAAAUUCCAUGGAAUGGGUGAAAAAAAACCCCAAAAAAUCCAUGGGAUGUGGGAAAAAACCCAAAAAAAUCUACAGAAUGUUGGAAAAAACCCCAAAAAAAUCCAUGGAAUGGGUGGAGAACACCCAAAAAAAUUCCAUGAAAAUUAAGGAAAAUCCCCCAAAAUUCAAUGGGAACCCAAUUCCGGACACAAAUCCCCCAAAAUUCCGUAUUUCCUCCCAAAAUUCUGGAUUUUUUUCUCACCAAGAACUGUGAACGAGGCUCUGGGGACGGCGAUUUUGGGGUGAAAGAGGGGGAAUUUGGGAAUUUCUGGAAGUUUUGCCUUAUUCCCACUGCUCUCCCCAAAAAUUUGGGGUUGGGGAUUAAAAAAAAAUUCGGUU